AUGUUUCAAGGCAACGUUCUUGUCUGGAAUUGUCGUGGCAUUGUUAAUUUUGAGUCACAAAGAGCCCUCAUAGACAUCGUCCAAGCACGUAAACCUAGUUUGAUCUUUUUAGCAGAAACCCUAGCGCAGAAAGAACACAUCGAUGCUCUUACAAGACGCCUUGGUUUCAAAGAUAAUAUCUAUUAUCCACAGGAGAGGGAGUCUCAAGGAGUAGCGCUGAUAUGGAAUGAUGAUACACACGCCUCUCUCCGAUCCCGGUCCCCUAAUCACAUUGAUGUAGUUGUUGGUAAACCAGACGAAACACACAAAUGGAGAUUCACUGUUAUUUAUGGGGUUGUAGCCCAUGGAGAAAGACACAGGACUUGGACUCUCAUCCAAGCUCUUGCUGCUGAACCCUGCACCUUGCCAUGGCUUAUGGCUGGGGACUUUAACAAGAUCAUGUCGAACAAUGACAAAUCGGGCGGCCCCCGAAGAGCAGCAGCGCCAAUGGCUACGUUUCGAAGAACCAUGGCCGAUUGUGACCUCCUGGAUAUGGGCUUUGUUGGUAGUCGCUUCACCUGGAGUAAUAAGUACACCAAAGAGCGUCUUGACCGAAGUUUUCAAACUCCACCAUGGAGAUCUCUUUUCCCGUACAAUCGUGUCAUCACCCUAAACCCUAGUGAAUCCGAUCAUUGUCCGCUCUUAAUCAUUGUGAGCGCUGAGAAGCUUAGGUACAAGAAAGCCACCAAUCAGUUUCGUUUUGAGGAGUGUUGGCAUGAAAACCCUAGGUGUGGGAAUUAA